AUGGCCAUGAUUAUCGCAGACGAACGAUGGCUGAAGCUGAUACAACCCUCCAAUGACUGGAGCGUCGGCUUUAUUAUAAGUAUCUACAAUAUCGGCUGUAUGGUUGGUGCUAUGACAACCGGGGUUUUCGCAGAUGCGUGUGGCUGCAAGAGGACAAUAUCUCUAGCAAGUUUGGCAUUCAUUAUCGGCCCAUUGAUCCAAGCCGGAUUUUACACUAUCGCGCAGAUCGGCGUCGGUCGCUGGAUUCUCGGACUUGGUGUCGGCGCGUAUUCUGCCGGUGUCUCUCCGGCUGAACUCCGUGGUAGGAUUGUAGGAAUCGAGAUAAUGAUCCCCCGUUUUGAUGAGAUGGUCGUGUUCAGGCUCGUGGACCUAUGCUGCCGCGAUCUUCCCAAUUUCCCUACGAGCAACGCCUUGUGUACUGCUUCUCCCUGGAUGUCGAACUUUGUAGUAGCUCAAGUGUCUCCCACUGGAAGUGCCACAGGUUAUGGCAUUUACGUGCUAUUUGCAAUCAUCUGCAUCAUAGCGUUCUUAUUCGUGCGUUAUGCCCUUGUUGAAACGAAGGGCCGCUCGCUCGAAGAGAGGGCAGAACUUUUCGGUGUUGACGGAAAUGAGAAGGGUCAGGUUGCGAGAUUCAGCAAGAGAAGGUAA